CACGCACACACAGAGAGAGCAAAAAAAAAAAUGUCUGUACGAAAUCGACAUUCGUAUAUAGUAAUAAAGUAUUUUAUGAAUAGGGUUUUAUUACAUUCUGUAAAGUGAAAAAAAAAAAAUGAAUUCUCAUAUUCAAGCUCUGAAUGUGGAUAACCACUUUUCCGCCGGCGGCGAGGAAGUUUCCGCCGGCAGUGAUAAGGCGGUUGAUGACUUUCCGAUUGGGUAUGAAGGUGAGGUGGGUGGUGUUAAGGUUACAAUGCCUCAUAAUUACACAGUUUAUAGUGCUUCUGAUCAUGUUGCUUUUCAAAAUGGAGAGGCUAAUUCGAACCAGCUCACACUAUCGUUUCGUGGCCAAGUUUACGUUUUUGAUGGUGUUACUACUCACAAGGUCCAAUCGGUCUUUCAACUUUUGGGUGGAUAUGAGUAUUUUCCGGGCAUGCAAACUGUAGGUUUGUCAAGUUCAAACCAGGAGGACUCUGUGGACUAUCCAUUGCACUGUGCAGAUCUAAAAAGACUUGAAUCCCUCAUUAGAUUCCGUGAAAAGAGGAAAAGGCGAUGCUAUGGAAAGAAAAUCAGAUAUGAUGUCCGCCAAGAAGUUGCAUUCAGGAUGCAGCGCAAGAAUGGACAAUUUGCUCGAAAAGGUUCAGGUGAACCAAAACAGGAUGACAACCCGCCAGAAGAAACUUGGUGCGUCCAUUGUGGAACUAGUUCAAAGGACACCCCUAUGAUGAGGCGUGGUCCUGCUGGCCCAAGGACUCUUUGCAAUGCAUGUGGCCUCACUUGGGCAAAUAAGGGAAUCAUGAGGAAUCUCUAUACGGCAUCCUACGACAAUACUCUGCUCACAGAACUAGAGGAUGAAGAUCAUAGCAACUCUGACUAUGGAGCUCCUCCCCGUUCCCUCUCUUAUCAAGUUUCUUCCUCGGCCAGUGAUUCCUCCGUUCUGGCAGCUCGACAAAGACUUUGAUGCCUUAGGAAGAGAACCAUAGUAUAUCAAUAUGUCUUCUGAUCAUCGAAAUGAAUGAUUUUAUGUACUUAUUACAGUUUAUAUUGACAGAUUAACAGCUUUGCGAGAAUUUGUUGGUGAAAGCAAAGGAUUUCUCAUGCCCUUGUAAAUAUACCAGUGUUAAUCAUCUUAAAGUCCUAAUACUGAGUUGCAGUUCUUGACAUCAAGACCUGCUAUAUUAAGCUGUCUGUUCAUCUUAGGUUAGUUCUUGUUACGUAUGCAGCAUUUAGAUUGAACUUCUCAGUAACAUUAACAAGCGUGUUUUAACCUUUAGUAUAUCAAACUUCCCCUCUUUGUAUAAUCAGCAAGUAUUGGCUACUAACUAGUGAU